AUGGUCGCGCGAAAAGAUGCUCGCAAACAGGGAAAGUGCGACACGGAGAGCGAGUGGACGGCGUCCAGUAAUACAACAGAGCCGGCGGCGGUCGUGGAUCCUGUUACUAUCUCUGACAAUGUUGCACUUCCUGUUAAUGACUUUCCGUCCUUAAAACCUGCAUUAACUGCUGAACUUCCGUCCCGUGACAGCGAGAUUCCCACAAAAAAGCGUCCUCUAGAGGAAACUGAAAAAAAUGUAGAUGAGGACUCUUCCUGUGAAACACCCGUUGCCAGGAGGCCGAAGCCUAGUCCUGAAGAUCUGUUGGAAGUGGACAACGAAGAUGGAAUGACGGUCGAUGUGGCUCCCACUUCCGCACAUGGACUUACACCGCCACGGACAGAUAGUGACGCAGCGGGUAGUGACUUUCCACGGAAAUGUGACCCUGAGCCUGAGGUCACGGCUGAAAUACCCGCAUCCAGUGCACAACCCAUACAGUGCGAACCGUACGAGGAAGUACCUAGUAAACAACCUGCUGACUCCGAAGCGCAACGCCGCGCCGAAGGAGGAAAUAAACACGCCUCGCCGCCUCGACAGCACGACAACACAACAGACGCCACGCCGGAACCAAACAUUGACGACUCGCAAGCCCCGGCCGUUGCCCCCUGCAGCCACCGCCGGCGGUUGCGACCGACACCGGGUCUUACUGUCACGCGUCCUCACGCGAAAGCUCCAUCAGAGAAGAAAGACAUCAAGAAACAGAAUAUUAAAUAUGAAGUCAUCAGGGCCAACACUGACGUGGAGAAAGAGAAUGGCCGCACCAGUAAUACAACAGAGCCGGCGGCGGUCGUGGAUCCUGUUACUAUCUCUGACAAUGUUGCACUUCCUGUUAAUGACUUUCCGUCCUUAAAACCUGCAUUAACUGCUGAACUUCCGUCCCGUGACAGCGAGAUUCCCACAAAAAAGCGUCCUCUAGAGGAAACUGAAAAAAAUGUAGAUGAGGACUCUUCCUGUGAAACACCCGUUGCCAGGAGGCCGAAGCCUAGUCCUGAAGAUCUGUUGGAAGUGGACAACGAAGAUGGAAUGACGGUCGAUGUGGCUCCCACUUCCGCACAUGGACUUACACCGCCACGGACAGAUAGUGACGCAGCGGGUAGUGACUUUCCACGGAAAUGUGACCCUGAGCCUGAGGUCACGGCUGAAAUACCCGCAUCCAGUGCACAACCCAUACAGUGCGAACCGUACGAGGAAGUACCUAGUAAACAACCUGCUGACUCCGAAGCGCAACGCCGCGCCGAAGGAGGAAAUAAACACGCCUCGCCGCCUCGACAGCACGACAACACAACAGACGCCACGCCGGAACCAAACAUUGACGACUCGCAAGCCCCGGCCGUUGCCCCCUGCAGCCACCGCCGGCGGUUGCGACCGACACCGGGUCUUACUGUCACGCGUCCUCACGCGAAAGCUCCAUCAGAGAAGAAAGACAUCAAGAAACAGAAUAUUAAAUAUGAAGUCAUCAGGGCCAACACUGACGUGGAGAAAGAGAAUGGCCGCAGUGACUUAUAG